AUGGCUGAAUCAGACCAUUUAUUGCAAGAGAAAAUGGAAUCGCCUGCGUUCACGUCUGCGAAGAGAACCCCCCGCGGGAGACCCCAAGCAAUUGCACAUCGAGGAUACAAAGCUGCGCAUCCGGAGAAUACAAUGGGCGCGUUCAAGGGAGCAGUAGAGGUCGGGGCGCAUGCCAUUGAAACGGAUCUACAUUUGUCGAAGGAUGGCGUGGUGGUUCUUUGUCACGAUGCUACCCUUAAACGCUGCUUUGGAACGGAUGAGAAGAUUGUGGACUGCGAUUGGGAAUAUUUGAAGACGCUGCGUACGUUAGAGGAACCACACGAACCAAUGCCUAGAUUCAAGGACCUCCUAGAGUACCUUGUUUCGCCAGGGCUCGAAGACAUUUGGGUAUUGUUGGAUGUCAAGCUACCAUGGCCGAAGCUUUCGUCGCCCUUUAAGAGAAGGCAAGUGGAUCAUCAGAACACCGACGACCAAGCCAGCAAGCUCUUUAAGGCCAUCGCAGCUACACUGGAAGAAGUAAAGCCAUCACGGCCAUGGACUGAGCGUAUAUUGAUAGGAUGUUGGGCAGCAAAAUACCUCCCGCUUUGUUCAAAACACCUCCCUAAAUAUCCAAUAGUUCAUAUUGGAGCCAGCAUAUCUUACGCGCGGCAAUUCCUCAAAGUCCCCCGAGUUAGUCUUAACAUGUUGCUGAUGGUCAUGGUUGGACCACGUGGAAAUGCCCUGAUACGAGAUGCAAGGAAGGCUAACCGCUCAGUUUUUUUGUGGACGGUGAAUGAGGAGCCAUGGAUGAAAUGGAGUAUUAAGAAAGGUGUUGAUGGCGUAGUAACCGAUGAUCCUAAGAAAUAUUUGGAGAUAUGCAAAACCUACGAGGGUGAGAAGAUUCAUCACUCUCUGAGGUCUCUGUUGUUCCUCUUCUCGGUGAACGUCCUGGUUCCGCUCUUUAGUACAGUAUUCAGAUACAACUAUGGAUUCAAUGUCGACCUAAGAAAGUUUAGGAAAGGUUUAGAGAGCUCAACCACAAUGGCUGCGGCAUAA